AUCAGACGGGUCGCGGCCUACGCUCUGGCCCGAGGGGUUCGAUUUGGGUUCAGGUGGCAUCCCUCAGAGCUCAAUAGUAGCGACGCUGGGUCCCGUAUCUACGACCCCAACUACGACUCCACGAAGGAUCUCACUCGCCUGGUGGCUGAUGGACAUGGACCCGCUGAAGUCCUGCCUCAGCCUGCGGAUCUACCUCGAUCCGACGACGUCGUGGCUCAAGAUCCAGGAUCGCUCGACACCCCCGACCCCGUCGCCUGCACCGUAUUCCACGACUGCCAUGAAGCGGACCCGCACCCUGGAGGCGCCGAGUCACAACAUCGCGGGCCAGAAGAGCCGGCGCACGACGACCAGUACGCAUCCGACGGCGACUUCCUGUCCGCCUUCAGCGACCCCGGGGCCUUCGAGGACACGUACGCUCCCGCGACCGGAGAUUCGCUCGAAGCUGGGGCAGCCGGUGCCCCCGGCCAAAGGGUCUCUGGAGACGCUGGCUUCCAAGGGGCCCGCGUGGGCUACAGCAGCACCGACGGCAGGUCGUCGCAGCAGCGGGUCCGCACCUUGCGUGCCGAUCGGCGCGCGCGCAGGUACCUGCAGCUGGCCGAGACCCUGCCGCCGCAGUCGUCGGUGCUGGAGGAGAUGGCCGUCUCGGUGCGCACGCAGCGCCAGUACGUCAUGGAGCUGCAGGGGUUCGUGGACUUUGCCUACCCGCGGCAGCUGCGCACCACCGCGUCCGCGCUCCUCGACGCCGCCCUGGUAGAGUACAUGAACCACAUGUUCUUCCGGGGCGAGCAGGCGUUCAGGGGCGAGAAGCUCCUAGCCGCGGUGAUGGCCCGCUCGCCCGAGUUCUCGAGAGUUGGUAUCAGCAAGAUGCCAAGAGCCUGGCGUUGCCUGAAGGGAUGGAGGCGCCUGACUCCAGGACGCUCCCGCAAGCCCGCUCCCCUGCCAGUCUGGCGUGGCAUCGCGGUGGAGUUCGCAAGGCGGGGCAUGCUGGCCAUGGGGCUCGCCGUGAUGAUCGGAGUCAGCUGCUACCUCAGGCCCUCGGAGCUCCUCAACCUUACCUCGGACAACCUGGUGGCUCCAGCCUCGCCUGUGUCGCAGUACUGGAGCCUCCUUCUGCAUCCUUCGGAGGGGGAGAAAAGGAGCAAGACGGGGGAUGCGGACGACUCGCUGAUCAUCGACUCAGCCUACAUGCUGCCAUGGGUGCACGACUUCCUCCAGGCCUUGAAGGACAAGGGCGGCCGGCUGUGGUCCUUCGACUAUCUCGCCUUCUUGGCGGAGUUCAAGACUGUGGCCAAGAUGCUGGGCAUGCCGCACCUUGUGCCCUACCAGAUGAGACACUCAGGGCCGUCGAUAGAUCGCCUCAAGCCGGACCGCAGCCAGGAGGAGUGUCAGAAGCGCGGAAGGUGGAAAAGUUGGAAGAGCCUCGUUCGCUACGAGAAGAGCGCCCGCCUCGGAAGCUUCUGGAACGAGCUUCCCGCCGACAUACAGGCGCACAUGCGCCUGUGCGAGGACCAGCUCGAUGGCACCUACAUGGCCGACCUGUUCUCCGGCUCAGGCAAGGUUGCUCGAGCGGUGAUGCAACUGGGGUUCUCCGCCAAAGCCUGGGACAUCAUCCACGGUGCCCACCAUGACAUCACCGACCCGGCUGUGCUCAGGCUGCUGCUCUCGGACAUCCGUGACGGCAGGGUCUUCGCCGCCAUGAUUGCCCUCCCGCGCACCUCGCUGACUAUCGCUCGG